AAUUGCGAAUGUGCAUAUUAUAUAUAUACGUAAGGGAUUGUUGAAUUUACAAAUAAUUGCAAUAGAGCUUAAUAAUUAUCAUAGCGAUUUGAAUACAAUUACGAUGGCCGACGAAAGCAUUACCCGGAUGAACUUAUCAGCCAUCAAGAAGAUAGAUCCCUACGCCAAGGAGAUUGUGGACUCGUCCUCGCACGUCGCCUUCUACACCUUCAACUCUACGCAGAACGAAUGGGAGAAGACGGACGUGGAGGGCGCAUUCUUCAUAUAUCACCGCAACGCGGAGCCGUUCCACAGCAUAUUCAUCAACAACCGGCUAAACACGACCUCCUUCGUGGAACCCAUCACCGGCAGUUUGGAACUGCAGUCGCAGCCCCCCUUUCUGCUUUACCGCAACGAGCGUUCGCGGAUUCGCGGCUUUUGGUUCUACAACAGCGAAGAGUGUGAUCGCAUCAACAGCCUGGUGAAUGGCCUGCUGAAGAACAGGGACAGGGCGGACACCAACGGCCAGGUGUCGCGCUCCGCCCCGACGCUCACGAACCCCAAGCCAGACAACGCGAGCAUAUUCAAUAUGCUGAGUAAGGCGCAAAAGGAGUACAACGCACAGGUGAGCGGACAGUCGAAGACGCCGUCGGAAAGCGUUACUGCCGGUAACGUUCUCAAGUUCUUCGAGUCUGCGAAGCAGGCCACAGUGGAGUCGCAGUUCCAUCGCGUCCAGCCGCUGUCCGUGGACCAGCUGGAAAAACAGCAGCGCGCGGCCACGCCAGGGGAGGACCUAAACCUUAUCCACUCGGCCGGCGGUAGAGAAACUGCCGGCGAGCUAACGCGCACCUCCGAGAGCCGAAUAUCGCCCUUCCAGAAGGUGCAGCAAGCGAACGCACCUCCUCUGUCGCUGCUCAGUGAGUUGAAGAUCGGCCAGAGCUUUGUUGCCCCACCAAGUGCCCCAUCGUCGUCGGCCCUCAUGGCGAACGACGAUGCCGGCAAGUGUCUGCGGCGGCUACUGGCCGGCGACAAUAUGCCGGCCCUCAUGCCGCCCACCAUGUUCGAUGCCCCCAAUGGCAAUUCGGAGCAGCAGCCGCAGCGCGUGCAGCAGCCCCUGAACUUAACCCAGUUCGUGCAGGCCUUUACAUACCUAAUACAUAACGACAAAGAGUUUGUCAACAAAUUGCACAAGGCCUAUCUUAACGGCUGUUCCUCCUCAAGCCUUCUGCUGGACUCGAGUCCCACAUAUCAAUAAAAAAAUGAUAUAUUCUUUAAUUUCCGAAAUUCAGCCACUCGUUUCCUUCUUUUCUUGAUUUUGUGCGCCGCCGAGCAGUGUUAAAUGUUCAUUAAAUGUCAAACGGCCAAGGGCGAAACAACAGUUGUAGAUUUUUAAUUCAUAGGAUUCUUAUAAAGGCCUCUAAAAUCAGAGUUUUGCGAGUUAACCUACAUAGUCGGUGGUUUGUGUGAAGUAUUCGUAUUUAUUUACAAAAUGGAUUAACAAGCCGAAAGGGCCAUAAAUAAGAGAGAUAGUUGAAUGGCAAACAGAAUUCAAUAAACAUAAUUUUAGUAACAAUAAA